GAAGUGCUAGGAGUCCAACAGACCUUGAGAACCACCAGGCAAGAAUCAUUAAGACUAUUAGUAAUGUGGGCCUGGGCUCUUCUUCCCAUUUGUCUGACUAUAUGGGCCACUGCCGGAAUAUGGAUAGUGUAUGGCAUGUCAGUUAGCAAUGGUUCUGUCAAUCUCUCAGAUGGUUUUCCCUAUAUCAGCCUAUGUGGGACAGACCCUCCGCAGAGCUGCGUAUUUGGACAAGUUCUUAAUGUUGGAGCAAUGCUAGGUGUCUGGAUCUCUGCUAUACGGUUUCAGCAAAUUAGAGAUUACAAUUGCCACUCCGUCCUGAAUUCUGUGAGUUUGGCAAUGGGAAUCCUAUGUGCCUUGGGCACAUCCAUAGUCGGGAAUUUCCAGCAAUCUAAUCAGCUGGAAACACACUUAGCUGGAGCUUUUUUGGCCUUUGUUAUUGGUAACAUCUACUUCUGGAUGCAGACUGCUUUAACAUACAUGGUGAAGCCAACGCAUGGCGGAUGUUACAUUGGACCAAUCAGAUUUUGCCUGAGCGUUGCUUGUACAGCAUUAAUCGUCUUGAUGGCUGUGUUCCUCAAGAUGAACAUGAAAUCAAUAUCUGCUAUAUGUGAAUGGAUUGUGGCUAUGAUUUUAUUCCUCCUUUAUGGACUGUUCGCAGUGGACUUUUGGCAUCUUGAUGGACACUAUUUCCACGUCAAGAAGAGGACAGUUAUCCCAAACGAAAUGCAGGUCUCCACGGUCACAUUAAGUAUUUAGCAAUCUGCGUGUUCUACUGUUGAACGGAUGGCCAGCACAACAACAGCAUUAAAGAGAAGUAUUAGUUCACUUUGAACUGCAAUAUUACAGGUUCAAGGGCCAGGCAAGUAGCCUUUUAUAGAGGAAUGCAUCCAUCAGAAGGCAGUGGUCCUAGGAAUCUACAGACUGUUUUUGUAAAACAUCAUCAUUUUCAUGCAAUGAUUAACCUCAACACUGCAACCACUUCAAUACAAAUGACUCCGUGAAACCUUGUUCAGUGUGUUAACAACUAUUCAAGUAUAAUGAUGGAGAUCUGUGAUAGCUUUAAUAUAAAUAUAUUUUUCAGAUAAAAA